UUAAGCUAAAAUUGUCAUAAAAUGUUAAAUCCAAGCGAAGUGAAGAUAAGAUUCACAGUCGUUGAACCAAACAGAAACGAACGUCUCACUCUCGUUUAUAAACGAAGAGGGUAAGGUUGUAAUCUUACGUUUUAGGAUAAGAACAGCCCGUCGUCUCCGGCGACGAUGAAGUGGUUACUUGUCGCCGUGUUGACCACUUUUACGAUUUCUUCCGCCGUGACACAAUCUCAUAUCCUCCUUGGAUCUCCGGUCAACUCUCUCUGCGCUGACCUCAUUCAUCCGGCCGGUUACUCCUGCACCGAACACACUAUUCAAACGAAAGAUGGGUACAUACUAGCUCUUCAACGCGUGGCUUCUCCUGCUCAGAAUCUAACACUUCAGUAUGGUCCGCCUGUUCUGCUUCAGCACGGUCUAUUUAUGGCUGGAGACGUGUGGUUCUUGGAUUCCCCUAAAGAGUCCUUAGGCUUCAUUCUUGCAGAUCAUGGGUUCGAUGUUUGGGUAGGAAACGUUCGUGGUACGCGCUAUAGUUACGGGCAUGUAACUUUCUCUGAAACUGACAAGGAAUUUUGGGAUUGGAGUUGGCAAGAUUUGGCUAUGUAUGACUUGGCAGAAAUGGUUCAGUAUAUGUAUUCACUUGCAAACUCCAAAAUCUUCCUUGUUGGACAUUCUCAGGGGACCAUCAUGUCUUUUGCUGCUCUUACUCAGCCACGUGUUGCGGAAAUGGUUGAAGCAGCCGCGUUGCUUUGUCCAAUAUCGUAUUUGGAUCAUGUCACAGCUCCACUUGUAGAAAGAAUGGUUUUUAUGCAUCUCGAUCAGAUGGUCGUUGCUCUUGGCCUGCAUCAAAUAAACUUUCGAAGUGAGACUUUAGUUAAACUUGUUGACUCGUUAUGCGAAGGGCAUGUGGAUUGCACUGAUUUCCUCUCGUCCAUAACAGGGAAGAAUUGUUGUUUCAAUGACUCGAGGAUAGAAUACUAUUUAGAUUACGAGCCUCACCCAUCAUCUGUGAAGAACUUGCGACAUCUUUUCCAAAUGAUUCGGAAGGGGAGCUUUGCACAAUAUGACUACGGCUUUCUAAAAAACAUAUUGACUUAUGGGACAUCAAAACCUCCAGAAUUCAAACUUAGCCUCAUUCCGGCAUCAUUACCAAUGUGGAUGGGGUACGGUGGAAGUGAUCUUUUAGCAGACGUGACGGAUGUGGAACGUACUCUCGCCGAGCUACCUUCGAGACCAGAGUUGCUAUAUCUUGAGAAUUAUGGUCACAUUGAUUUUGUGCUUAGUACAAGUGCCAAAGAAGAUGUGUAUAAGCACAUGAUUCAAUUCUUCAGGGCGAGGAAAAAAUCCAUUAGUUGGUGAAACUACUAACUGCAAGGCUGGGCACAUGUCAUCUGCUAUCUGUCUCCUAGUUGAUAACGUCUGUGUAUAUAUAUAUGUCAAACUCAGUUGGCUUCCAUAAAAUUGAACUAGAUAGACUAAUCCUUGUGAAUGACAUUAAAUGAGAUACAUAAAUGAGAUAUAAACCCAAUGUGACUAUUGUUUUCA